AUGGGUCUCAAGGAACGCUUUCCAACGGAUUAUCCCUUGUAUGCCAUUUCCACCUUAGAUGAUCAUCAUAUCGUAUUAGCUGGUGGUGGUGGUUCUGCGCGUACAGGAGUACCAAAUGCUUUGGAAAUUUACAACUUAACAAAAGGUAGCGGCAACGCUAUUCAAGCAGAACCGGUUUGUCGUUAUGAUACAGAUCCGGAAGCAGUAAUGAAUAUUGCAUUGCAUCCCAAAGAGCGCGUGAUUGCAUGUGGAAUGUCUGAAAAGUGUCAACUCUUAUCUAUAAGGCAAGAUACUCGAAUAAAUGAAUCCAACGAGACGGUGAGGAGAAGGGGAGACGGAAAUGAUAGAGUAUUCUCACAAGUCAGUAAGAAACUUCUCCUUGAACCUGGAUUGACUGUUAGAACUGAUUUCAACGAAGAUGGCCCCAGACAAAAGAUUGUUCUAUUUACUCGCUACGGAUUAAGAAUGAUUACUGGUGGAAUGGAUGGCCAUAUAAGGAUAUGGAAGUAUCCUGACUUGCAGUUGCAACUGGACAUUGCAGCUCAUAGUGGCGAUAUUGAUGAAAUGGAUGUAAACGAAACCGGAACAAGGAUUGUAUCUGUUUCUCGUGAUAAUCACGUCUAUGUAUGGAAUUCUACCAAUGGUGAAAGAGUAUCCGAACUGACCAUCAGUUUCUCUAAAGCUAAAGGCAAAUAUAUUGCUAGAAGUUGUAGAUUUGGUACAGCCGUAGGAGCUACUGAGAGCCUUUAUACCGUUCACAAUCCCUUAUCUAGUAGUAGCAAGGGUGCAUGUUACUUAGUAAAAUGGAAUGCUGAUGAUUAUCACCCUUUAAAAUACAGAGCUAUUGGAGCUGAACGUGCUACGAAAAUGGUGAUCAGUAACGAUGGGCAUUUUCUUGGCCUUGGCACUUCCGAGGGAAGUGUUUUGAUUUGUACAACGUUUAACUUGAAAACUAUUAUUCGAGUUCCAAACGCUCAUGCUUCGGUGAUUACAGGCCUAACGUUCAGCAAAUGUACAUCUGAGGCCCGCGAACUUGUCGAUAGUGAUAUUGCUUUAAUAAGUAUAUCAAUAGACAAGAAUUUCUGUAUAACAACUUUACCCAAAAGAAGAGAAAUAAGUAUCGUUUUCCUCAUUUUGGUUGUAAUCAUUGCCAUUUACAUUGCAUUUAGCUACAUGGCCUAUUUGGGUAUCUAA